AUGGCGGCGCGCGUACCGCUGUCCAUGAAGAUGUCACCGUCGUCUUGGAAGGGCUUUCGGCUGCUUUUAACGGAACAGCUUCCCUCCAGGAGGCUCCAGAAGUCUUGGGCAGAGAUCUGCAGGCGAGGUUUCUCGGCAGCAGCGGGACAGGCGGAGCAGCAGGAGAGCUUCUGCGGGCCUCUGGACCACUACGGCGGGCUGAUCCGAGCCGGGAGCCUGCGGGAGGACGAGCAUCAGAGAGCCGUGCUGCAGCAGCUGGACCGGCUGCACCGAGCCCUGAGAGGAUACAGCAACACGCACACAUCCAUCUUCUCCAGGUUUUUCAGUUCACCAAAGGCCCCCAGAGGAUACUACAUCUACGGUGAUGUCGGCACGGGCAAAACUAUGGUGAUGGACAUGUUUUAUUCUUAUGUGGAGAUGGAAAAGAAAAAGAGGGUUCACUUCCAUGGCUUUAUGUUGGAUGUGCAUAAAAGGAUCCAUCGGCUGAAACAGAGCCUGCCCAAAAGGAAGGCGGGAAAAAUGGCCAAAUCGUACGACCCAAUUGCUCCGGUUGCUGAGGAGAUCAGCGAGGAGGCCUCUCUGCUGUGCUUUGACGAGUUUCAGGUGACUGACAUCGCCGACGCCAUGAUUCUAAAACAGCUUUUUGAGAAUCUCUUUCUAAACGGCGUCGUUGUCGUGGCGACUUCAAAUCGUCCCCCUGAAGACUUGUAUAAAAACGGACUGCAGAGAGUCAACUUUGUGCCUUUUAUUGCAGUGCUGCAGAAAUAUUGCCAAACUCUUCGGCUCGACUCGGGGAUUGACUACCGGAAAAGAAAUCGACCCUCUGCUGGAAAAAUCUACUUCCUCUCCAGUGAUCCUGAAGCAGAAGCAACACUAGAUACGAUGUUUGACCAGUUGGCUUUUAAACAAAAUGACAUAACGCGACCAAGAGUUUUAAAUGUUCACAACCGCAAAGUCCGGCUGAGCAAAGCGUGUGGGACCGUCGCAGAUUGUACGUUUGAGGAGCUGUGUGACCGACCUUUAGGCGCCAGCGAUUACCUGGAAAUUUCCCGUCUGUUUGACACGGUCUUCAUCCGACACAUUCCUCUGCUGACGCUGAACAAGAAAUCCCAAGCCAGGCGGCUCAUCACGCUCGUGGACGCCCUCUACGAGCACAAGGUGCGUGUGGUGAUUCUUGCAGAUCACCCGUUGGAGGAUAUUUUUGUACACGACGUGGAUCACAGUCACGAUGAGAGCCACAUUCUGAUGGAUGACCUGGGGCUGAAACGGGAAGAGGCCAGCAGCCUGUCCAUCUUCAGCGGCGAGGAAGAGAAGUUUGCCUUCCAGAGGACAGUUUCCCGCCUCACAGAGAUGCAGACAGAAGAAUACUGGCUGGACGGGGACAGAAGCUUAAAACAAGUGUAGCACUUUCAAAGACACUACUCCGUAAAGUCAAGCUGCCAAACGGAUGCUGCAAACUCUGCACAUCGCCGACGGGACUGUUUAAUAAUGAGUGCACGCG